AUGGACAAGAUUCCUCGAGACGGUGGCACAGAUGGGAUGGUUGAUCACCUUGAUGGUGCGAGGGAGAGCUGGAUGAACUCGGAAGGCGGCGUGGAUGGAUACAACUUUGUAUUGGCCUCGAGAUACGAUGGGACCACCCCGGAUGCAAACGAUACCGCCGUUUCUGCCGCACCUGGCAGCGGUAAUGCUCGCAAGCCUCGAAAGCUCGCGAUGACAGCUGCAGAGCGCCAGCGCAAGAGACGAGCUAUACAGUACCGUCGCGAGCGUUACGAAGAAGGCAACCCAGUCCAGAUUCGCGAGCGGGUUGACCCUCUUGCUGGUCUGUGUGUGUAUGUCGCCCGCGACUGGCGCGGUUCGUCACAGGGUCUACGCGAUCCGCGCAUCGCUGAAGAUGGGCACAAGCAGUGUCGCGACCUCUGGCGCCGUCUGAUGCGGGCUCUCAAGGACCGCGACAAGGCCUCAUAUACCUUCAACGAGUUUUUGUUCCGUGCAAUCGGUGCGUACGAGGCCUUCCAAAAGGAUCCUGGCGACCUCUCUCGUACGGAGCACAAACGGGUGCGCUAUUCCCUUCGGCGAACAAUAGCCGGGAUCUGUGAGGAAAGAGACCUUUACAUCGCCGGUGAGGUUAAGGCGGCACUUUAUCGCGAGACGAGGCACAGUAUAUUGCGCGACGGUGCAGCCUUAAUCGACCGUGAUUUGCCGACUAUGCUCUCGGUGCCUUGGAUCGACGAGUAG